AUGGGGAAGCUCGUUAGACUCGAAUUAUUCAAUUUCAAGUCCUACAAGGGUCACCAUGUCUUGCUUUUUGGUGAUGCUUACUUUACCUCUAUUAUCGGUCCUAAUGGAUCUGGAAAGUCAAAUUCUAUGGAUGCCAUUUCCUUCGUCCUGGGUAUAAAAUCGUCGCAUCUCCGUUCAACCAACCUCAAAGACCUGGUUUACCGCGGACGUGUUCUCAGAACAUCCAAAGUCAACGGCGACGGAUCUGCGACCGCCCCCGAACAAAACGGCAAUGCGGAUGAAGCGCAAGAUGGAUCAGAUGUCGAAGACUCACAGACGCAAGGUGAUCGAGGCGACCCGCGAUCGGCCUGGGUAAUGGCAGUCUACGAAGACGAUGCCGGUGAAGAGCAGCAGUGGAAACGAUCAAUCACCAGUGGCGGCGUUAGCGAAUAUCGUAUCAAUAACAAGAUUGUGACCGCGCAACAGUACAACGAAGCGUUGGAGGCGGAAAACAUUCUUAUCAAAGCACGUAACUUCCUUGUCUUCCAGGGAGAUGUUGAAGCUAUUGCAUCACAAUCGCCAAAGGAUUUGACACGUCUGAUUGAGCAAAUUUCUGGUAGUCUAGAGUACAAGGUUGAAUACGAGCGCCUCAAAGCCGAGCAGGAAGAAGCCGCAGAACAGCAAACCUUCCAGCUCAAUCGUCGUCGUGGAAUUAACUCAGAGAUCAAACAAUAUCAAGAGCAGAAGCGAGAAGCCGAGAACUACGCACGGAAAGCCGAAGAACGAGAUCAAGCCAUUAUUACACACAUCCUGUGGAAGCUGUUCCAUUUCCAACGACUGAUUGACGAGUCAAGCGCCGAGAUUCAGAAGCAUCAGGAUGAACUUAAAGAAUAUCGUCGCGGUGUCGAGAAAUACGAGAAGAAUCUCGAGGAAGCCAAGAAGGAACAUGCCAAGAUGGGUAGAGAGGUAUCAAAUGCGGAACGCAACAUUGUCAAGAAGGAAAGGGAUAUUGAGGACGCAACCAACUCUCUGGUACCCAUCGAUGAGAAAAUUGAGAUUACAUCAGGCAAGGUGCAGAGGUACUCAUCGAGAAUCUCGGAAAUUACCAAAGAACGUGAUACUCAAACCGCAAAUGUGACCCGCCUCGAGAAAGACUUGAAGGUUGUCGGAAAAGCGCAAGCAGAGUGGGAAGCAGAGUGGGCAAAGUCCAUGAGUAAAGCCGGUGGUCAACUUAGUGAAGCAGAUCUUCAAGAAUACAACAAGCUCAAAGAAGAGGUCAAUAAAAGUUCUUCAGCUGAGCAGCUAAAACUCGACAAUCUUAGACGCCAGAAGAAGACCGACGCGGAGACUGUGAAUGGUUUGAAGAGUAAAUUCGAGAACGCGCAAUGGCAACUGCAGAGCUUCGAGACCGAAACUAAGACUCUAAAGACACGCAAAACUGAUAUCGCAAACACGAUCAAAGAUACUUCGGCAGAGAUCGACCGCAAGAAAAAAGAGCUAAAUGCUGUGACCUCGGAGCGUCUGCGAGUGUCUCAAAUGCGUACGGAAAUGGAAGAAAAGCUUCAACUUGUCUUGAAAAAGCUUCUGGAAGCGGACGAUGGCAGAAAGCAAAGCGAAAAGGAGAUUCGAAUGAAGGAAAUGAUAUCCACUCUGAAACGGAUCUUCCCGGGUGUCAAGGGCCGCGUCAGCGAUCUUUGCCAGCCGAAGCAGAAGAAGUAUGCUGAAGCCGUUAGCACUGUCCUAGGUCGUCACUUCGAUGCCAUUGUUGUGGAUAACGAAAAAACCGCCAAGGAAUGUAUCCAACACCUCCGUGAUCAGCGUGCCGGUCAAGCUACGUUCAUUCCCCUCGAGACCAUUCAAGUAAAGGCUUUCAACUCGAACCUCAAAGGCAUGCAUCGCGGCAUGCGCCCAGCAAUCGAGACAGUUGACUACGAGAACUCCGUUUCCCGUGCUAUAAGCUAUGCCUGCGGUAAUGCUAUUGUCUGUGAUGAUCUAGAUACUGCCAAGUAUCUCUGCUAUGAGAAAGGUGUAGACGCCAAAGCUGUUACGUUGGAUGGAACAGUGAUCCACAAAGGCGGUCUUAUGACUGGUGGUCGUGGUCCCGGACAGCAAAGCUCGAAAAGAUGGGAUGAUUCUGAAUUGGAGAAUUUGCACAAGUUGAAGGACAAGCUGCUUGCCGACCUCGCUGCAUUACCCAAAGGUCACCGCCGCGGAACAGACGAAGAAACCUUGCAAGGUGAACUUGUAGGUCUUGAACAGAGAUUGGCCUACGCUAAAGAAGAGUCGAAGGCUCUUGAGCGUAACAUCAAGAGUAAAGAUAGCGAACUCCAAUUUGCUAAGAAACAAGUUGCGGAAGUGCAGCCUAAACUGCGUGAGAAAGAGAAAGCACUGAAACAACUAGAAAAUUCGAUCAGUUCUGCAGAGCAAUCAGUUGCUGGCGUCGAGGAUGAGAUUUAUGGCGAUUUCUGUGAACGCCUUGGUUACGAUAGUAUCCGCGACUAUGAGGCUUUGCAGGGUUCUCUGCAAGAAGAGGCCUCUCGCAAGAAGUUGGAGUUCACAACCCAAAAGAGCAGAAUCGAGAAUCAACUGAGCUUUGAGAAACAACGUCUUCAAGCAACGGAUGAUCGUAUCAACUCUCUGAAAGCACAAUACAAACGGGAUGAGGCGCAGAUAAUGGAAUUCAAAGCUGAGCAGGACAAAAUCCGCAACAAAAUGGACGAACUCGAGGCCGAACUAGAAAUUCUAAAAGAACGUCUCGAGGAGCAGAAGGAGCUGUACGCGGAAUCGCAAGAAAAGUUGAGUGCCCAACGACGAGAACUACAGAAACGCUCAAAGAAUGUUGAAGAUACUCUCAGAGCAGUAAACGCACUUGAGGGUGACAUUCAACGGAACUCUUCAAACCGCUAUGCUCUUCUCCGUCGCUGCAAGCUAGAGGAUAUCGACUUGCCGCUUGCUGAUGACUCUGCGCCUCUGGAUAAUCUGCCAAUUGACGAGCUUGUGCAAACCGCCGACGAGGAUGCUAUGGAUCUCGAUGAGGACACAACUAUGACAGGAUUUGAGGCACCGGGUGUUCAGGAUUACGGUAUUGAAGUUGACUUUGAUUCUUUGGGAGAGACAUUGAAAGAAUCUGCCGAAGAUAAGCUGGAGGAGGAAUUGCAAGAUCGCAUUCGGUCACUCAAUACUGAGCUAGACAAGAUGGCACCCAACACUCGAGCCAUGGAGAGGUUAGAAACCGUUGAGAACAAACUCCGCAGCACGGAGAAGGACUUUGAAGAUGCCAGGAAGCGUGCUAGGAAGGCCAAGGAAGACUUUGAAGAUGUCAUGACGCAGCGAUCGGAGUUGUUCAACAAGGCAUUCUCACAUAUUUCUGAGCAGAUUGGCCCUAUUUAUAGGGAGCUUACCAGAAGUGCCAACUAUCCUCUGGGAGGUCAAGCAUAUCUCGAUAUCGAGGAUUCUGACGAGCCAUAUCUUGACGGUAUCAAGUACCAUGCCAUGCCUCCACUCAAACGAUUCCGUGACAUGGAACACUUGUCUGGAGGAGAAAAGACCAUGGCUGCGCUUGCUCUUCUUUUUGCGGUGCAUUCCUAUCAACCAUCACCAUUCUUCGUUCUCGAUGAGGUGGAUGCCGCGCUUGACAACACCAAUGUCGCCCGGAUCGCCAACUAUAUUCGCGACCACGCCGCUCCUGGAAUGCAAUUCAUUGUCAUCAGCUUGAAGACGGGUCUGUUUCAAUUGAGUGAGGCACUUGUGGGUAUCUACCGCGAUCAAACCGAAAACAGCAGUAACUCGCUCACUUUGGAUCUCCGCAAGUACCAAUAG